UAUGGAUACUGUAACACCUACUCCGAGUUUGUACAGCCCCCGUUCAAUUACCGCUACACCUCGAACGUUUCGUAAAGAGGGAUAUGGUAAGCCAGUAAUGCCAGGAUAUAAACCUACUGGUAUGAAUAGACAUAGGGACAGCACUUUGUUUAUACACAGAACGAUAGAGGUUCAGCACGUUUCGAAAGAUACAAAUUUAAGGGACUCUAUCCCGAUUAUGUCAAAACCCAUUGCUAUUUUUUGUGCAGUUCUCAACGUCAUUUGUCCAGGAUUAGGCACUUUCAUUUCCGGUUUGACUGCAAUUUGCGGAGCUAAAGUACGUACAGUAAACGGAGAAAAGAGUCAUGUAGUGUGGGUUAACACUUGGGUAGCUUUAUUGCAACUUGUGACAACUCUUUUACUUUUUCUCGGUUGGGUAUGGUCCAUUUAUUGGGGAAUAUGCUUUAUUAAAACGUCAAACGAAUGUUUGGACUCGGAACGUCGCACCUCCCAAACGGCUCGUAGCGUUACCAUGACAACAACUGUGGUUUCAGGAAACGGAGGAGCAACAACUAGAAAUGCUUUGGGAAUGGGUGAAGCACCAGCGGCUCCUAUUAUUGUUUUACAAGAAGCACCCCUAGUUCUCCGCGCAGAUAUGUUUUUAGAUUCCCCCGAACCGUUGCCUGCAACAGUGGCUCCAAAUCGAAAUCAACGACCACUCAAUCCGUAUAACCCCCGUCACCAGCGCGCAAUUAGACAAAGGCAAGAGAUUGAUGCUGCAGACACUCUAUUUACUUUAAACAAUCAGCAACUGGAAGAUUUAAUGAGCAACGCUCCGCCAACGCCAUCUGUCGAUGAGGAGCACCGACAGAAAACGUCGAUUGUCGCCUCUCCACCUCUGCAACCAGCUCACGAAAAUGCCGAUCCGGUUGCUAGGAGGCAUGGCAUUGAUUCUGCCAGAGCUGGACGUUCGCUUCACAUUAGUACACCACGACCAGACGGUUCCGCCGGAAGUGGCGGGCUGUCGUUACCGGGGUCUAUUUUACUAGUAUAA